AUGAGCCAGGUCUACUUCGAAGUUUCUGUCGCCGAACCUCAAUACAAGGAAAAGCUCGGCGAUGGCCGUAUCGAGUUUAAGCUUUACAACGAUGUAGUCCCCAAGACAGCCGAGAACUUCCGCGCCCUCUGCACUGGGGAGAAGGGAUUCGGCUACGCUGGAUCUUCUUUCCACCGUGUCAUCCCCAACUUCAUGCUCCAGGGUGGUGACUUCACCAAUCACAACGGCACUGGUGGCAAGUCCAUUUAUGGAGAGAAGUUUGCCGAUGAGAACUUCCAAAUGAAGCAUACCAAGCCUGGUCUGCUCUCUAUGGCUAACGCUGGUAAAAACACCAACGGAUCCCAGUUCUUCAUCACUACCGUCGUUACCGAUUGGCUUGAUGGUGCCCACGUUGUCUUUGGCGAGGUCACCAAGGGUAUGGAUGUUGUUAAGGCAAUUGAAGGCCUCGGCAGCGGCAGCGGAAAGACCAAGACCAAGAUUACCAUCGACAAGUGUGGAGAAUUCUAG